CCGUUUUGCAGGGUUCGCGAUCGUCGGGAGGUGGACAGCGACAGCGACUUCGAAGAGGAAUCAAAUGUACUGGAUGAGGUCCAGUUGGAUGUGCCACUGCUGCCAGUCAUCCUUGAUGUCCAGGAUGCUGCUAUCAUCCUUGAGGAUGUGCCAGAUGUACCGACUAUCCUUGAGGAGGCCACUGGUAAUUGGCAGUUGAUACCGAUUAGGUUCAGCCCCCUGUACUGUGGGCCUGUUGUGAUCAGAAACCAUGCCGGUCCGUUGGCUAAAGCUUGGAGAACUUUCCAGUUCAUAAGCCCCAUUAUCACCUAUAUGCGUGGGGGAUCCCAGCAGGUGGUGGUGAGGAGGCACCAUGUGAGUAGGGUUCGAGGCCAGGAGACUCAACUGGUGUGGGCCGUCUCCAGGGAGACAGCCAGACUUAGUUCAGAGGGCAUCCCCUACUGUGCCACCAAGGUUCAGUCCGUCACUUGGAUCCUGUAUGUGGCUGGCAGGGUGACCCAGUAUGCUUCUCACCUCCGCCAUGAGACGUCUGUGGACGUGACCCUUGGCUGCUACCAGCAGACUGAUAUCUCGGUGGUGUACGCCACUCUCCACAUGGGGCCGGAUGGGCUGCUCUCCUCCUCAGCGUGGUCGGAGGCUGCCUCCGUGUCUACGCCCACCAAUCAGCAGUUCACUGAGCCAGAGCCUGAGGGCCACAACUGCUAUGAGGGCUGGGAGGAGGACCUGCUGCCUGAGGAGAGGGAGGUUCCUCUGCUAAACCUCUACCUUACCACCAAGAGAGUGGAGGACAUCGCCCUGAGGCUCGUCUCCCUGCGCCAGGCCUUCACUACCCUGCUUGGUUCCACCCCGAGCAGGAACCAUCUGUUUGUGGCAGGAAAGGUCCUAAUGGGCGCACUGGUUCAAGCCCACCACAUGGACGAGGCCGAAUUCAUCCGUGCCUAUAACGACUUUGUGGACUACCUGAGUGACCCCUCCAAGCAGAUUGACAUUGAGAGGGAGCUGGCUGAGGCAAAGAUCCAUCAUGUUAACCUGAUAGAUGUCCUUUUUGAACUGGUGCUAUUUGGGAUGAUGACAGCUCAGAAGUCCCUGAUGGUGCACCCUGGUGGGUUCAUGGAGCGUCUGUACGCUCUCCUGCACUCCUUCCUGCCCGUAGCUGCCAGCAUUGAGCCAAAGGCCGAGAGAUACCUGCUGCUGCUCAAUGAUUCUUGCGACACUUUGCCACCACACAGGGGUCUAGACACAAAUGCACUACAUUACUUUGCACUGAAUUUUACAUUUUUAAAUAAAAUAACUAGUAGUUCAAAAGCAUUUGUCUCUGUCUUUUCAUUUACUUGA